AUGUCCACACACCACCGUCGUCCCAAAACCCUCUCUCUCACUUCCCGUCCCUCCAUCUCCUCCCUCCCAAUCAUCCCCCUCCUCACCGACACAGAAGAAUACGACACCUCAUCAGGGUCGAUCUCAUUCCACGCUGCUGCUUUGCUCUUGGAGGACAACGCGAGCGGGGCGAGUGUUCGUGAUUGGGAGGGGUGUGGGAGUGCUAGCGUUAGCGGGGAGGAGAGGAGGAAGUCGAGUGGGAGUUCUCUGCCUACAGUGCACUCUGAGCAAACGUCACCUUCCCUUUACUUCCCCUCGAACGAGGUCCACCCUCCCGAGGAGGCUAACCCACCCUCCCGCAAACCGUUCCCAACCACCUCCCCCUUACAGGACCGCACCUCCCCAGAGAUGGACAACAUCUUCGAGCCCCCCCAGCUCCUCCCGCUCAUGGACAGGUCUCGCACAUCUUCGACCUAUAGUUUCUCAAGCAGUUUGAGUGGUACGUUUGGCAGGCCUGGGCCUGGGCAUGGACAGGGGGUGGGGGUGACCCCUUUGCCCUCUCCUACUAGGGAAGGGUUGCCCAAGACUGGAGGGGAGGGGGAGGGGGAGGGGUAUACCUCUGGACUGCCGUCUUCUUUUGAGCGGAAAACGGGUUAUGGAGACAAUGCUGGCCUCUCGAGAGAUCCGGGGGAACCGAUGCCUGUUUCUGACUCUCCAGAAGUGGACAUGGAAGGUCCUCCCCGUCCAACACCGGCUACACCAACAAAGUCCCGCUCGCUAGACACGCACAACCUCAAUUUCCCCAAUCUUUCUCCCUCCCGCACGCACGUCCUCAGCCCGACACUCGUCGCCAGCCCCGAAGAGGGCGCUCCGCCCAGCAACGUAACCCUCUCUGACCUGCUGCAGCAGCUCAAGCGGCAGCCGUCUGUCUCUCCUCUUCCUGGUACUGGACGAAGUGUCAGUGUCGGGGUGGACAUACGCCAGUAUGCGACUUUCUGCGUCUUGUUAUGGUGGAGAACGCUUGCUGCGGUGGGGCACUCUCUGGGUAAUCCGAGGCAUGUGUGGGACGUACUUACCGUAGCGGCGCUGUCGACCCUCUUCCCGCUUCUGCAGUACUUGGCUCGUCUGGUCGAAGAAACGUGGACUCUACUCAGGAUCAAGUACCGCUUUCCUCCUCUCUCUGACCUCCUGAAGCUGAAACACGAAACCUCUUAUACGUUAUUCGACUGCUUCUCCCCCUCUCAACUCUCAGCAGGCAAAGAAGCCCUCUCCACCCUUCCCCUCCCCGCCCACUCCCACUCCCAAUUCUCCCUCCCCGCCGCCCGCGUGCUGCUCCAGCUCUGUGCGCUCCUUGCCUGCCGCCAGCCCCGGCCUGGGACAGGGGACAGGUUCGCCAAGCAUGGAGAGGGGUAUGUGAGGCUCGCUGCUAGAGCUUUUGGGCUAGAGUACGUCCCUGUUAGCGCGCUUAAUACGCGUGGAGAAGGCUGUUGUGCGGCGUUCUAUGAUAUGAACUCGAAUUGGAUCGUGCUGGUUUUUCAUGCGGAAUGGAAGAGUAUGGUAGACGAGCUCCUCUGGACAUCCCAGUCCCCCUCAGUCCAGCUAAGUCAGAUACACGGGUUCGGCAAAGUCCGAACCUGCUUCUCAGACCGUCUCUUCCCCACAUCCACCCCCUCCGCCCGGCUGCCAUACCACACCAUCCUCCAAAGCGUGCGCAUACUCUCUUCCCAGCUCCCAGCUGCACACGUCCAGCUCUAUUUCACUGGCCACGGAGCAGGGGGAGCGGUCGCUGCGCUCGCGAUGGCCGCUGUGCUGGAUAUAGAGCAGCGGGAGCGGGAGUGGGGAGUGCAAGUGGGGGAUGGGUACGUGUUUGGCUCGCCGAGUGUGUGUGAUACGCUCUCUGCCAGAGCGUUUGACCAGAAACUGGCUAAGAGCUGGGAGAGACCUUGUAGACUGUGGAGAGUGGUGAACGAAACGGACUCUCUAGUGCACAAGAGCUGGAAUCUCGACCCCCAGACGCAGGAGUAUCUCGGCACCUCUGUCCUUCUUUCCCAUACCAACCCCCUCCCGCUCCUCCCAGUGCUCCCCUCCCACCCAGCACCCGCUCCCACCAGCUCUCUCCCCACCCCUAACUCUCUCCCCACCCCUCUCCCAACUCCUUCCCCACCUGCAGCCCGCCCCGACCCCCAACGUCCCGAACGUACACUGAUGGACACCCAUUCCCGAGUUCGGAGGCUGUUUAGGGAUUGGCCGGUUCUGAGGGGAGUGGUAGCGCAUGAGAUGGGCGAGUAUUGGGAGUUGUUGAACUUGCCUGGCCAGGGGAGGGGAGGGGAGGGGGGAUACGAUAAUCUGCUAGUGGGGUAUUAGAAUGAGACUAUCAUACUCUAUGUUCUAUG